CGCGGGAAAUCGGCAGUUUCGACAGACGUAGAAAAUUUGGAGAAUUGUGCUUGUACAAUUGCGUCUUUUGUUUAUUCUACGCUUAAUCUUUAUAUUUGACCUUAAUUUUUACCAUUUUGACGAUAAUAAUUAUCUUAGACGAGUGUGAAAAUUGUAUUAAUGUUUCUCACUAAAAUUGUGAGAAGUUGGCCUAACUUCUAUCACGAGAAUUAUAUAAAUUGUGAGUCGUAAUUUUUUUGAGGUUAGAAAACAUGGAUUUUAACGAUUUUCCAGCAACCCAAGUUUGCGAGAAAAAUGACGAUUUUGAGCCUACACAAAAUACUCAGAGUACUGGGAACGGUGAUAAUGAAGAUAGAAAACAGGUCGGAGUUUUAAUUGUUGGUGAUACAGAGUAUCCCAUUUUCACCGGAACAAAUACCAUUGGUCGGCAUGCGUCAAAUAAUAUUGUUCUCAAGGAUUCGACUAUUUCUAAACAUCAUGCAGAAAUCGAAGGACGGCGAAAAAAUUCCUUUAUUUGUGAUUUGAAAUCAUGCAAUACGACUGUCCUCAAUAAAGAGAAGUUGCUGCCGAAUCGACUUUUCGAGUUAUCCGAUGGCGCUUCGCUUCGAAUCGGGUCGAUUUCAGCAAUUUACAGAAAACUGAGCUGCUUAAAUGAGAGUGUUUUAAAAACUCCAGCCGCGGCAAGGUGCAACGAGAUAAUUGCGAAUACUCCUGAUUCUGUAUUGAAUACCACCGACGAUGAUUCCUCCGUAGUUUAUGGAACUCAGAAAAAUUCAGCAGGCCCAUCCGAUUUCCUCCGACCUUCUCUCCCAUCUCAGCGUGUCGAGUUCAAUCGGAGAAACUUGAGUCUUGAGUUCCUCAGCGACGAUAGUUUGCUUAAUUCCGAAACUGGAUCUACCAGUAUUUACGAACAGGAAACUCAGGCAUUUCCGCAACCGAAGAAGAUCAACGCUUCCGGAGUUCAUGGUCUGGAUAGCAAAGAAUAUCCAGUCAACAAACCGAGCUUUUCAAAUCAAACAUCUUUAGAAAAUUCUCAAAAAAUUCUUGAAGCCGAUACACAAGCUGUUCCAUUAAUUUCUAAAUCUAUAAAUGCUGAUGCCGAAAAUUUAUUUACCGAUGAUGAUAUCAUUCUUGAAGCUAACACACAGGCGGUCUCAGUAAACUUGAAAGCGCAAAAUGAAAAUUUAAGUCAAGGUUGCGAAAUUGAGGACGAAGGUAUUUUCAGUUCCUCGACCCAGAAAGUUUCUUCAAAUUCUGAUAAGAUUCACCAAGAAGCAACUCAGGCUUUUGCUUUUAAAAGUCCCGUUUCUCACUCGAAGAAAUUAAAUAAAUAUUCAGAAUCAUCGGAAGAAAUUUCAGAGGAUGCGUCAGUAUCUACAAAGUCUGCCAAUAUCCAUGAAGAAGCGACACAGGCUUGUCCACUCGAAAGUCCUAAAAGUAGUAAAUCGGACAAGUUUGAAGAUAAGAUGAUUAUUGAAGAUUCCGAUACUGACGAAGAGGGAAUUUUCGAAGAAGCGACUCAGAAAGUUCCUGCAAGUCGCAAAAUCUACGAAGAACCGACGCAACUUGUUGCAGUUGAGAAUCCGAUUAAGACCAGAAUUUUGAGAAGAGCUUCGAGAACUGAAGAUUCGGAUACAGACGAGGAGGGCAUUUUUGAAAAUUCUACUCAUAAAUACACUGCGUCCUCUCCGAAAAAAAUUCACGAAGAAGCUACACAGGCUAUGAUUGUCAAUGUGAAAAGUCCGAUUUUGAAUUUUAAAGUUGCGAAAACAGAUUCAAAUUUAAAUGAUUCGGAUACAGAUGAAGAAGGAAUUUUUGAGAAGUCAACACAGGCAGUGAGUCCGGACAAGUCAGAUUUUAAAUCUGAUUUGAGUGUAAUGUCUUUUUCGAAAUCGAACAGAAUUUCGGCCGAGCCUGAAUCCAAUAUCCCAAUUGAUUCCAAAACUGAUGAGGAAAAUGUCAGCAAACCCGAGCAAAAAUAUUCGCCAAAUAAAGAGAUUGAAAAUUUAAAUAUUUCUGGAUCUAAAAUUGCAACGUAUUUAAAGGUUAAUUUAAGUUUGAAUGAAUUCGGUACUGAUGAUGAAAGGAGUUUCAGGGGAUUUCUGGGUCACAAAGAAAAUUCCGAGUCUAAAGAAAUCGAGGAAAAGAUAGUGACAGACAAAAAAUUAAGUAGUCCAGUAGUUGAAAUUUCCCAAACGGCCGAUGCGAAACCAGAAGAUUCUGAUACUGACGACGAGGGUAUUCAUAAAAAAAAGCUUGAGGACCAGAAUCAAUCAAACACUUCAAUUCAGAAAGAAAAUAUAGUGGAAUCUGAUAAUUGUGAGCUUGAGAGUAAAGAUCCGAAGUCUGCAUCAAAAAAUUCUGCCGAGGAUUCAGAGACUGAUGAUGAGGGUAUUUUUCAAGAGAAAGAAGCCAGUACCAAGGAUUUUCAAGAAAAUAAUUCGAGGACUUCAGUUCCAGAAAAUGUAUCGGUUUCUGAAAAUUCUAAGUCUGUAGCUGAAAAUAGUGGCAAGGUGGAUUCAAAAAUUUUCGAGGAUUCCGAGACUGAUGAUGAGGGUAUUUUUCAAAAAGAAGAAUACAGUACCAAGCAAUUUACAGAGAAGAAAUCGGAGACAAUUCAAAGAGAAGAAUGUCAGGAAUCUAAACAUUUUAAUUCUGAAUCUAAAGAUUCGUCUGCAUCCAAACAUUCGAAGUCUGAAUCCGAAAUCUCUGCAGAGGCUAACUCCAAAAAUACCGAUGAUUCAGAAACUGAGUUUAUUUUUCAAAAAAGAGUAUCCAUUGUCAAGAAAUACAAGCGAAAGAAGCAAUUAAAGCCUCCAACUCAGAAGGAAAAACUUAAUGAAUCUGAUUCUCAAUCGGAGUUAAAAAUUUCUAUGUUUGAUCUUGAAAUGUCUGGAAAGGAUUCGUUAGAAAUUUCUAAACUUGAACUUAAAAUUUCCGGAAAGGAUUCGAAAACUGAUGAAGAUUCCGAAACUGACGACGAGGGUAUUUUUGAAAAUGAAUCUACCAACGUAGUACAUGAAAAGAAAUCUACCACUCUUCAGGAAGAAGAAAUGCCUAAAUCUGAAAAUGCAAAAACUGAAAUUAAAAUUCCCUCAAAGCAUUCUGAAACUGUAGACGAUUCCGAAACCGACGAUGAAGGCAUUUUUCAAAAAAAAGAAGCCAAGGUGAAUAAAUAUGAGAAAAACAAUGAAUUAAAGACUCCAGCUCAGAAAGAGUCAAAACUUAAUAUCUCCGAAAAUUAUUUGAAAACCGCGGAGCAUUCUGAACCUGAAAACGAGGUUAUUUUUCGAAAAAAAGAAUCUAAUAUCAACGAGCUUAAGGAAAAGAAAGCGACUCCCAUUCAGAAAGAAAAAGCACCCUCAAAGCCUUCAACGAGUAAAGAAGCAAAUCAAAAAGUAAAUCCACCACAUAGUGAAAUUGAUGAUGAUGGUCCUACUCAAAUUAUAUCAUUCCAUUUAUCUGAAAGUGAAUGUUUCAGCUUAAGAAACAGGAAUAUUGCAGAAGUCGACGAAAUGGCACCGACUCAACUCCUCGAAGAUUUUGAAGCCUCGAAGAUGAAAACUCCUGAAAAUAAAACAAGUUCUGGCAGUAAAACUUUUGGCAAUGUAUCGAAUUCUGAAAGAGAAAUUGUUGCUUUAAGAAACGAUAUCGACGAAAUGGCACCGACUCAACUUCUCCAAGAUUUUGAGGCCUCGAAGAUGAACAUUUCUAAAAAGAAAACCAAUUCUAGUAGUAAAACUUUGGGUAAUGAUUCGAAUUCUGACAGAGAAAAUUUUGGUUCAAGAAACGCGAGUAUUGAAGAUAUCGACGAAAUGGCACCGACUCAACUUCUCCCUGAUUUUGAAUCCCCGAUGAUGAAAACUCCCGAUAAUAAAACAAGUAUCGGUAGUAAAACUUGUGGUAAUGAUUCGAAUUCUGAGAGAGAAAAUGUCGGUUCAAGAAACGCGAGCAUUGAAGAUAUCGACGAAAUGGCACCGACUCAACUUCUCCCUGAUUUUGAAUCCCCGAUGAUGAAAACUCCCGAUAAUAAAACAAGUUUCGGUAGUAAAACUUCUGGUAAUGAUUCGAAUUCUGAAAAAGAAAAUUUCGGUUCAAGAAACGCUAGUAUUGAAGAUCUCGACUACGAAAUGGCACCCACUCAACUUCUCGAAGAUUUUGAAACCUCGAAGAUGAAAACUCCUGAAAAUAAAACCUCUUCUGGUAGUAAAUCGAAUUCUAAAAGUCAACCGAAUUCUGGAAGAAGGAUCAGCAGGAGAUCGAAUCCAAAAAUGCAUGACACGAUUGAACAAAAUCUGAACGAGAUGUUUGAAGGUGAAGUUGAAGAAAUCGACGAGCCUUCGCAGAUGUUGACACAGCAGCUUGAAAAUAUUCUGGAGGAGAGCCAGGUGAACGAGGAACUUUUGCAGACACCUUCUACUUCCAAAAGAAGAAGCACCCGUCGAAUUGAAACCUCUCCCGUGAAAGCGUCUAAUUCCUUGUCUGAAAGAAGCUCCAGGUCCAAGAACUCGCCCCAGGUUGACGCCGAUAAUUGUUCGCCGAGGAUGUCGAAGUUGAAUAUUAUCCGGAGUAAGAAGGAAUUAAAAGUGACAAGUCCGUCCCAGAAGAAAUCACAGAAUGAGAAGGUUUUAAAAGAUAAGACUAAAGAUACACAUCCUCUGAAGAAACGACCUUUAAAAAUGAGCGAAGAAGAAUCAGAUACUUCAACUGGAGGAAGGGGAAAACGUUUGAAGGUUGGAGAGACAGAAGAACUUGAGAUUACAACUUUAUUUGCUAGGCGAUCGCUCCCUUUUGAUGGAUCUUUAAAGAAUAAUAAGAAAGCUGUGGUUGAAGAAAAGGAAGAAGUGAAGGAACCAAAGAAGAAUCUUAAAGGGAAGGCAAAAGUUAAAGCAAAAAAUGUUAAUUCUUUUGCUAGUUCUACGCCUACGCUUAACGACUCUGCGGAAGAACCGAAAAGAAGAGGACGUUCAAAAAUCCAGAAGGUAAACGAUGAAGCUAAAGUUGAUUCUACGAUUAAUGGCAGAGCAUCUAAAAGACUAGCGUCGAGUUCCUCGAAGUCGUUUGCUGAUGACUCUGGAAACGUUUCAACCUCGGCUAGAGAAAAUUUGAAGGUUCCUUCGAAACCGAAGAAAACGAAGCAAGCAAAUCUAGUUGCAAAUGAGGCUGAAAAUGAAGAGAAUGAAGUUAAGACUUUAAAGACGAGGAGAGCUAGUAAACGGCAAGUAAUUCAGAGUAAAGAGAUUAUUCGCAACAGCUCUUCGUCAAGUUCCUUGGUGGAAAGUAGUUUUAAUGGAACAACGGAUUCGAAGAAGGAGAAAUUAAAGAAGACUGAACCAAAAAAAACCGCGACUCGCGGGAGGAAAAAGAAGGAAACUACCGAUAUGGAGGGCAUGCCAGCGGAUAAGUCGAGUGCAAGUUCCUCGAUGAUUUCUUUGACUUCUGGUGAUGGAAAUUCCUCGGCUCUUUCUACACCAACGAGAGCGAAGAGAAGCAAGGUGGCUUCUCCACUUAAACACAAGGUGCUUUUCACUGGAGUCUCUGCUGACAAUUACCGGAAUUGCCUGAAAACACUGGGACUUAGUGAAACUGAGGAUGUUAACAAAUUCACAGUAUUAGUGACCGACAAAGUCAGGAGAACUCUAAAGUUUCUUAGAGCUGCAUCGCAAGGAAUUCCCAUUGUUUCUGUGAAAUGGCUUGUUGACAGCACCAAGAAGAACGAAGUUCAAGAGUUAGAAAAUUAUAUUGUAAAGGAUCCAGCCGCAGAAGCCAAGUUUGGCUUCAAUUUAAGCGAAAGCCUUAAAAAGGCGAGGGAAAACAAGAUGCUAGAAAGAUUCACUGUCGUCCUGACUCCAAAUAUUAGUGCACCUCCUCCAUCAGAACUUAAAGAAAUGGUUCUUGCAAGUGGAGGAAAAGCAGUUAUGCGUCCUCCAACAAAGUGGUCAGAAAACACUGUCGUUAUUUCUGACGAAAAGGAUUUGCAAAAUGCCAAAAAAUUCAUGGCGAAAGCUCCCAAAACUGUAACUCUCCAUUCCACUGAGUUUUUGUUAACGGGGAUACUUAAGCAAGAGGUAGACUUGCAAAGUUACGUAUUGAAAAUCAAGUAAUCAUAAUGUGUAUAUAUUUGAGCCAUAAGAUGUAAUAUUGUUUAUCAUUUGCCAUAAAGAAGAUAUGAGUUUCUUUAUAAAUUAAAAUAAGUUUUUUUCUACCAGAUUA